CGGCACCGGCGGCCGCCAUGGCGGUGGACAUCACCCUGCUCUUCAAGGCCAGCGUGAAGACCGUCAAGACCCGCAACAAGGCGCUGGGGGUGGCGGCGGCGGCGGGGGACAGCCCCCGGGACGAGCUGCUCAAGCGGGGCGCCGCCCGCUCCAAGAGCGACUUCACCGGCCGCGCCCGGGAGGUGAUUUCUCAUAUUGGAAAGCUGAAAGAUUUUCUUCUACAACACAGAAAGGAUUACAUUAAUGCUUAUAGCCAUAUUAUGUCUGAGUAUGGGAGGAUGACGGAUACAGAGCGUGAUCAGAUAGAUCAAGAUGCUCAGGUGUUUAUGAGAACGUGUGCUGAUGCCAUUCAUCAACUGAGAACAGAAGCACACAGGGGUGUCCUGUCUGCUCAGGUAAAGGAGCACAGAACCGCUGUCUUGGACUUCAUUGAAGAUUACUUAAAAAGAGUGUGCAAGCUGUAUUCUGAACAAAGAGCUAUCCGAGUUAAGCGAGUGAUAGAUAAGAAGAGACUGUCCAGACUUGAACCUGAGCAGACCAAUGUGUCCAAAUCACCUCUUUCCACUGAAAAAUCUUCAUUAAAUCCUAUAGAUGAUUCUGAAGAAAAACUUUCUGCUGAGGAAAGCAAAGACAGGAAUCUGCCUGAUGCCCAAAGUAACCUUGGAUUAUGGGGGGAUGGCAAAGGAGAAGAUGAGCUGUCACCUGAAGAAAUACAAAUGUUUGAACAGGAGAACCAGAGACUUGUUGGUGAAAUGAACAAUCUCUUUGAUGAAGUCAGACAAAUUGAAGGAAAAGUGGUGGAAAUCUCCAGACUACAAGAGAUAUUCACUGAGAAAGUCUUGCAACAGGAAACUGAUAUUGACAAUAUCCAUCAAUUAGUUGUGGGUGCAACAGAGAAUAUCAAAGAAGGCAACGAAGACAUAAGAGAGGCCAUCAAAAACAAUGCUGGAUUUAGAGUAUGGAUCCUAUUCUUCCUUGUGAUGUGUUCAUUUUCCUUGCUUUUCCUGGACUGGUAUGAUAAUUAAUUAAACAUACUAUUGUCUAUGUGCUUUGUUUUUAAAAUGUCUUUUUUUUCAAGGGAGUUGGGUAUAUUGCAUACCUACAUAUUUUAUGCAUUUUUCAUACCUCUAUGAUGGAAAUAUUUUCUAAUAAGUGUGUGCAUAUAUCCAUUAGUGCAGAGGGAACUGAUAGCAUUCACUUUAAAUCCCUUUGUCAAAUAUAAAACCACACUUAAUCCUUUAGAGGACACUCUUUAAAAGGGCUGGGAAGAAAGCUACAAGCUGGAGCAGAGCUAAUGGAAAAAAAUAAGAAUACUGGUUUUGUCACAGCCACCCAUCUGUGAUGUUGAAAGUCCAGCUCCCAUCAUAGAGCAAGAGAAAAGUGUUACUGUGCAAAAGUAUCUACACUCUCAGGUGUUUAUUUACCACUUCAGUACAGAGUGAUCACUUUGCACAUCUAUGACUUCUAAUCCUUUGAAACUACUUGACUGAGAAAUCAGCUUGAUUUAAUAGUAGCAAUGAUGAUAAGGAGUCAAAGAGCUUUACUUCUAAGUGAAAAGAGGAAAUACAGCACAGACAGAUUGUGUAGAGAAACAGAUGUUCUGGGAUGCUGGAACAAAGCCAAAGGAUAGACAAUAUUAAAGUCAAAGUACUAAAACUGGGAGCAGUUUGUUAACUAAGAAAAAAAUACCUCAAAACCAGCUGUAGAUAAGAAUCAAUAAACUCCUUCCUAUUAAAUCAGAGGAAAAAUAAUUUUGACUUCAAGAAGCAUAAGCAAUCUGCUUGUUCUAGAUUGUAAGGCUUACUAAUUUUUAUUGUUUAUUGUUACGAGGAGAAAAAGAAGUUGUUUCUCAUCAGUAUUUACUUGUGCAUUAAAAUUUUUAUUGUCCUAAAUUUAAGGGGAAGAGAUGUAUCAUGAAUCAUUUCUAUGUAGGACAGUCUUAGGGAACAGAUCUCUCCAUCCUGUAAAAUACGUUGGGAUGAAAUGUGUGUGUUUUCAUAUCUCUUCUGAAAUGUAUAUUUCUAUACAUUAUAUGCAACAAGCAGCAUCAUUCUUAUUCUUUAGUCUGCACAGAGUAAAAAUGUCAAAAGUUACAUGUGAAUGAAUUACAUUCAAUAAAGCAGGUGCCUGUUAAAAACUGCAAACAUGGUAUGUGUUGAAGAUCUUAACAUAAGCUUUAUAUUUUUAAAUGCAAAGAAAAAAACUGGCACAUAAUUUAUUGCUUUUGAUGCAUUCUGCAUACCAUGAUGACUUAAUAUAUUAACAGCUUUUACAGCUGCACAUUUCAUUAUCAAGCCUCGAGCACUGAGUCAUAAUGGUUAUUUUUACUGUAUUGGAAUGAAAGGCUUUGAUAAAGCAAUUCUGCUGGAGAGAAACAGAAGUAGAGCUAACCAUGUUUUUUCUAUUACUGAUCUUGAGAAACAGCCCAUACUGAUGUUUCCCUUUCAAUUUUUUAAUAGACUCUACCAAAAAUAAAAGGAACUUUUGACAUGUCCACUACCCCUUGUCCCAUUCAAGUAACAUGAACAAAAAGGUGAUUUGCUUGCCUAGAUGCUUCACACACUUAUUUUGUAUGUUAAAUUAAUAAUAUGUUCUUUGUAAUGUAUAUUUAAGAUUUAUAAUAAAAAUGAAAACAUGAUUUCACACAAAGAAUAGGUAAGUUUGUAAUUACAAUGGAACUUUAACGUGCAUCCACAAUACUAUGUUCUUCUACGUCUUUUCCCCUCCCAAGCCAUACACAAACAGUUCUACUCUUCACUCGGUUUCACAUGUAGCUUUAAAACAGCCAGUUGUGGUAUCUAAUAUGCUAGUUUCAUUUGUGAUGCUCUGUGUUUUAAAAAGUAUCAAACUGCAAACCAUACAUAAACAGAAAGCUCUUUCUAAUUAAUAAAAAGGGAAAAAAUGUGAAUGUAAUACAAGAGAAAAUUUAGACAUAUUACUCCCUCAGUUGUAUCCAACAAAUGACAUAGUAGACUACAUGUACUCUUAAAGUACGAUCAAAAGAUCAUCAAAAGAUGUCACUUCUCAUUAGAACAUCCUGAACUGUAUAGUUUUUACACUAUCCUCAACACCCACCACUAAAACUGUCUGUGUUUUUCCAUAAUGUCUAUCUAGUUUGUGUUUCAGUGCACAUCCUUACCAAGAUGCUAAAGCCACAGUGGAAAUGCAGUUAAAUCCUGUUGACAGCAAUAAGAAAACAUUGAGCAUGCCUUGUUGCAGAGAACUUCAUUAUCACUUACAAAUAAACAACAGUAAAGGAAACGUAAGGAAAAAUGCGACCUGACAGUUUCUUUUUCCAUACAAGUCAUUACAUUACGUCCCCGACAUCAGUGCUGACUAUCGUUCUUGCUUGAGCCCAAACUAAAUAUUACUUACAGCUUUCAGCUAAAUGAGAGAUCACUCUAGUUAUGGCUGGGGUGUUUCAGUUUGCAAAAUGACAAAGAAUUAAAAAAUGUAAUAAAUUAAGUAUCUGUUCAGACAACAGAACACAUCGUUUAUCUAAGGUCCAAGCCCUGGAAAUCCAGUGAUGAAAGCUAUCAGUAUCCAAUAAACUGCAAGAACAUAUCUAACAUUGGACUUUUUUUUUUUUUUAACAUUGAAAAUGGUGUCAAAGCUCUACAGCAAUGCUGAUAUGCACCUGGGGUUAUGCCCAUGAAUGUUCUGCAGCAAGUUUUUGUUUUGGUUUUUUUUUUUUUUUUUUUU